CAGAGGACCGACCGAGGAAUGGCUGAGGAACAGGCGGAAUGACAGAUCUGCCCUGAGGAAGAGCUACUUGACAUACUGACUGAAAGUACAGAGCAGCUUUUUUGACACAUCUGCUGCUCUCGCUCCCUUUUCUCUCCCUUCAACUCUCUCACUCUUCGGACAGAGACUCUGGUCCCCCGUACUCGAUUUUCCGCUCUCUUCCACUGUCUAACUCUCUUCCAACAGAAUCUCUGCCGCUUUCAUUCUCUUCUGUUUCCCUUCUGCUCUCAGGCUGAUAUAGACUCUCCAAGUUACUUUUUCACAUGCAUUUUGUUCCUGAGAGAACUGACCACGCCAGGAUUCCGUAGCAGGAUGUUCUCUUCAGUAAUCAGGCACAAUGAUGUCAGUCUGUUUAUUUAGACAAUAAACAAGACUAUUGUCCAGCUAACCGGUGAUCACAUUUUGGUCUGUUUGAAGGCAAGCAUUUGUGAUACAGGUAGUGAGGUGAUCUGAGAGGAACAUGGCCAACCCAUACAUCAUUCUACAGCAUUCCCUUUGGAUCUACCCCAUCAGUAACACCACCAGACUACAUUUUGCCCAGUAACGUACUGUAAUAAACGGUUAAAGACUACAGAUAAAAAAAUGGAAACAACCCUUAUCGUGACUCUGGAGGAGCAAAAGUGUCUGGCCAUGUCAACAUCAACUGACAGGGCCUUCACACCACAGUCACCGCAACUGACACGGACACACCAUUUCACUUCAAACUCUGGUCCAGGGGCUAAUAACCAUAGCCCCUUAAAAAGCAAUGUGGAUGGAUGUCUGACUGGAACGCUCAGUCUAGAACUUUUGGAAUUGGAACUAAACCCCCAGGACAGAUUGCAGCACAACAGAGAGGUUGAUGGGUACUCUAACAUUCCCAUAGCUCCAGGGAUGAAGAGAGUUCUAUCUCUCACUCCUGAUGUGUCACUUCCUGAAAGUCUAGAACCUGAGCCAGUCCAGAUUUUCUGUCCUUUAGAUCCCUUUAAUGAGCCAGACAGAGGGUCUUCACCAUCAUCUAAUGAUACCAACAACAAUGGAUUGGAUUUACAAAACACUUCUCAGGUUUCAACUGAGGACACCUGCCCAGCCUCCAAUAUAAUGGCUCCUAUGAAUAUGGAAAAUGAGAUUCUCACUCCUAUGAUUGAAGGAGAUGACAAACCUACAGAAUCAGCAAAUUGCAAUGUUCGUCUCUUUUGUCAGCUACCGGACAUAAUGCCUCAAUAUACCUACCUCAAUAUGAAAGAGACAGGACUGGAGUUGGAUGUUGGAGACAGACAGACCGAGACAUGCCUGGAGUUGGAGGUUGGAGACAGACAGACCGAGACAAGCCUGGAGUUGGAGGUUGGAGACAGACAGACCGAGACAUGCCUGGAGUUGGAGGUUGGAGACAGACAGACCGAGACAUGCCUGGAGUUGGAGGUUGGAGACAGACAGACCGAGACAUGCCUGGAGUUGGAGGUUGGAGACAGACAGACCGAGACAGGCCUGGAGAUGGAGGUUGGAGACAGACAGACCGAGACAUGCCUGGAGUUGAAGGUUGGAGACAGACAGACCGAGACAUGCCUGGAGUUGGAGGUUGGAGACAGACAGACCGAGACAGGCCUGGAGAUGGAGGUUGGAGACAGACAGACAGAGACUAAUUGGGAACACACAGAAGACAACACUGUCCAGUGUCAAGCCCCCACAGAGAAUGAAUAUAUCCCUCCUCUUUUGGUCCAGUCAGGGGCAGAUGUUUGCCAUAUCACUAACCCUAUUGCACACAGCACCAUCACCUUCUCAGAUUACACCUUUAUUCCCUCCACCUGUAACUCCUCCACUGAACACAGCUUUGACUGCAGUGACUCUUUCUCAGAGGAAAAUGAGGAAGGUGAUGAUGAGGAUGAGGAUGUCUUCCCAGAGCAGACUCAGAGCAGGGAGUCCCUGGUCAUUUGGAAGGGAUUGAGCAGCCGCAGAGUAGUGAGGAAUGGAUGUAUGAGUUUGCGAUCUCUAGCACCAGCCAACUCUGCCCCCAACACCACUGUCAGCUCCCACCACUCAUCCUUCUCUUCCCCCAACAGCCAGAACCAUGGCAGUUACAAGGCAGAGAUCAACAACAUGGAGUCUCCGUGGUGUGAGUCUAUGAGCCGGCUGAUGAAGAAACUGGACCAGCUUAAUCUAGACAUAGAGGAGGCGCUGAGCACCUCCUCCUCCCCAUCAGACACACCCUGUGCCACACGUAAACACCAGUGUGGAGCUGUAUCUGGGGUGGCAGUAAACCAAUCUGUUAAGGAGGAGGACAACACAUUUCUGCAUCGAGGGGGUCUGGACACAGGAGAAUGGCCCAGACAGGACCAAGACAAGAUCGCUCUACAUAGCUCAACGAUAGCAACCGGAACAGGGACUGAGAAGACAGUCAUGUGCAGCAAGAUAACCCAGCCAGGUUCAGAACUCGAGGCGAAGGAGGCAUGUGAUUGGCUACGGGCAGCAGGAUUCCCACAAUAUGCUCAGCUCUUCGAAGACUCUCAGUUCCCGAUUGACAUCUCUCCCGUCAAGAAAGACCAUGACUUUCUGGAUAAAGACCUGGUGGAACCUCUCUGCAGACGACUCAACACCUUGAAUAAGUGUGCCUCUAUGAAACUAGAUGUUAACCUUCCUAAAAAGAAAACGGAAGACUCGGAUGAGGAAGACCUGUUUGCCAUCAGUGACAGGUGGACAUUUGAGUGGACGAGCCGCCGCUGGUCCAGGCUGAAGGGACAAGCACCGUGUCACAGGGAGGGGCUGGGGGAGGGGCGAGGCCUGCGGACCACUACCAGCAGCGAGAGUGUUCUGACUGACCUCAGUGAGCCAGAGAUCUCGUCCCUCCACAGUGAAAGCAGCGAAGGGAGCGUCCAUCAGGCCGCCGAGGACUCGGACUGUUCUACCAGGACCUACUCUGACUCUCCAGCCAUGCCUGAACCUGAAUCCACCUCCCUUACCCUGCCUUGCCUCACUGAGCAGCCCCCCCACUAUGGGUCGCUGCCCGCCAAAAACAGCCAUUCUGGUCGGACCCGAGCCAAGGACUUCCUGCGACGCAUGGAGACGCUCCGUUCCCGGGGAACACUGGGUAGAGGGCGGAACAAGACCCUGGUGAUUAGCGCUCCGGUGCUGCAGACAGAGCCACAGGCCCUGAAGACACUGCACUGUGUGGGGAUCACCAAUGGGGGCAGGUCGGGGGCAGUGGAGGUCCCCCCUGAGGGACUAACCCUCACCCCGGCCCCCCAGUGCCCCUCCAGCAGUGAGGGCAGUCACUCCAGUGGAAGCGCUGUCUCCUCACCCACCAUUAAGGAGAGGAAAGCCUCCCAUGAGAGGACUGAGCGGUUAGAUACCAAACGCAGUGGGAUGUACCUGGAGGACCUUGUCCUGUUCUCCAGUCUUCCGCGGAACAGGGGCAUGGCGGAACACAACCAGUGCAACGAGUUCCGCUCAUACGAGGACCUAGUGGUCCACAUCCCAAAAGACCAUAAGCCUGGCACCUUCCCCAAAGCCCUGUCCAUAGAGAGCCUGUCCCCUGUCAUGACGGCGCCAGUCCGCUGGCAGGGCAGCGGCACACUCAAGCCCCACCCAAACCGCCUGUCUAGCCCCAUGCAGUCCCACCAUCACCCGGCCCCCAGGGGAGGACCACGGGGCAGCAGGAUGAGUGUGUACGACAACGUCCCCGGGUCUCAUCUCUACGCCUCCACUGGGGACCUCAUGGACCUGGAGAAGGAGGACCUGUUUCCCCACCUAGAUGACAUCUUGCAGCACGUCAACGGCCUGCAACAGAUUGUGGACCACUGGUCCCAGAACCUGCUGCCCCCUGGGGGCCUGGAGGAGGGCCGGGGCAGGUGGAGGGAUGGACAGGAGAUCCAGCCUGCAGGUCUGCAGUCCUCCAGCCAGAUCACACUGGACUUUGAGGGGAUGUCGGUUCUGGAGGGACAGAGCACAGCCAGUGACAGGGAUAGAGAUGGGGUGUCCCUCAAUGAGACAGAGGGUACCGGACUCAGGGAGAGGAGGGAUUCAGGAGUAGGAGCAUCACUAACCAGACCCAACCGUCUGCGAUGGCCCAGCUUCCAGAUGUCCAACCGGCUCAGCCACUCAGUGGCCUCGCUCCAGAUCACCAACCAAUCUGCAGGCCAGCUCAGCUUGCUCCAGAAGUUCUCUCUCCUCCGCCUCACAGCCAUCAUGGAGAAAUACUCCAUGUCCAACAAACACGGAUGGACCUGGUCGGUUCCAAAGUUUAUCAAGAGGAUGAAGGUACCAGACUACAAGGACAAGAAUGUUUUUGGUGUUCCUCUGUUAGUUCACGUCCAGCGCUCUGGUCAACCCCUUCCCCUCAGUCUGCAGCAGGCCCUCCGAUACCUGCGCAGCCAGUGUCUAGACCAGGUGGGUCUGUUUCGUAAGUCUGGUGUUAAGUCUCGUAUCCAGGCACUGAGGCAGAUGAAUGAGUCGUCCCCUGACAAUGUGAGCUAUGAGGACCAGUCAGCAUAUGAUGUAGCAGACAUGGUCAAACAGUUCUUCAGAGACCUGCCUGAACCCCUGCUCACCAGUAAGCUGGGAGAGACUUUCCUACACAUCUACCAGUAUGUUCCUAAGGACCAGCGGUUGCAGGCGCUACAGGCAGCCAUCAUGCUGAUGUCUGACGAGAAUCGGGAGGUGCUCCAAACGCUGCUUUGCUUCCUGUCUGAUGUCACUUCCUCUGUGGAGGAGAACCAGAUGACACCCAUGAACAUUGCUGUGUGUCUGGCCCCGUCCCUGUUCCACCUCAACAUCCUGAAGAAGGACAACCUCUCUCCCAAGGCCAUGCAGAGAAAGUAUGCAACAGGCCGACCUGACCAGAAGGACCUGAACGAGAACCUUGCUGCAACUCAGGGCUUGGCCCACAUGAUCAUAGAGUGCAAUCGGCUGUUUGAGAUCCCUCACGAGAUGGUGACCCAGUCCAGGAACUCGUACAUUGAGGCAGACCUCCACGCCCCCACCUUAGAGGAGCUAAGCAGACAGCAGGAGGAGGAGGACGGGGCCUACCCGAUGGAGGCCGGAGCGUACCAGACACAAACAGGGGGGGGCCGGCCCCAGAACCUGUACCAGACACACAUGGAGAGGAGGCUACAGGAGCUGCUGAAGGAGGCCAGAGAGAAGGCCAAAGGCUGGGUGUCCUGCGCCAGCUCAGACAGCACUGAGCUCCAUUGUAAGAAGGCGGGUGAUGGGAACCCUUUGCGGCGGUGGCGCGUGGCGGUGGAGGUGGAGGCCCCUCCCUCGGUGGUUUUGAACCGGGUGCUGCGUGAGCGCCACCUGUGGGACGUGGACCUGCUGCAGUGGAAGGUUGUUGAGACGCUGGACAAGCACACUGAGAUGUUCCACUACGUUUUAAACCGCAUGCCCCCUCAUCCCAGCCGGGACUUCCUGGUCCUUCGGUCGUGGAGGACUGACUUGCCCAAGGGGACAUGUGCCUUGAUGUGUGUGUCUGUGGAGCAUGAAGACUGUCCCCCAGUUGUUGGAGUGAGGGCCGUUGUUCUAGAGUCCAACUACCUGCUAGAACCCUGCGGCUCUGGGAAGUCCAGGCUCACUCAUAUCUGCAGGGUAGACCUCAAGGGGCGGAGUCCUGAGUGGUACAACAAGGCAUUUGGUCACCUUUGUGCCGCGGAAGCCGCUCGCAUCCGCAACUCAUUCCAACCAAUCAGCACAGAGGGACCAGAGACCAAGAUCUGACAUAAAGAUAGAGCCACCAAUACCUGACGACAAGAGGCACAGCUGAAGAUUGAAAGGAUCAAAUGGAACAUCUGACGGACAGUUAAAACAACACCACUAUUCCCUCUGACCAUGGAAGAUGUCAUUUUCUAUUUAGUUUCUGCAUGUUGAAACAUCAGAAUUCAUCAAAACUCAGCAGUUGAUCUACUGGGAAUGGUCAAUGUUUAUGUUGGCCUUGUUCUUUAAGCACAAUGUGACACAAGAACACGGAGACUAAAGAGAAUUGGAGCUUCUCUGGAAUCUCUUAAAAAAUGACACAAGAAAACCUCUUUUGAUUUUAUUAUGAUAAUAUUCAGAUUUUAUUAUGAUAUUAUUAAGACAUUAUUUGGAUGCUGUUAUUGUUUUUAUUGGUGUAUGUUUACUUUAUUAUUAGUAUUAUUAUUGCCCUAAGGGGAACAGAAUGAUCCAGCCAAUGUCCAUUAAUAUUUAGAACUACAAUUCAUUUCUGAUGUUAUAUUCUUGACAUUAUAAUCGUUAUUAAUAUUAUUACGGUCAUCUACGAUGUCUAAGACAUUUCAGCUUUUCAAUGCUUCUGGGAAGCAUGUUUAUUAUUUAAUUAUUGUAAAAUGUAAAGCUCUAUAUUAGAUAUGAUGUGGGUACACAUACAGUGGGGAGAACAAGUAUUUGAUAAAAUGCAAAUUAAUUAUAAAAAAAUCAUACAAUGUGAUU